GUCUGCGGAGUCGCAGAGUGGUUUUGUCUGCGGAGUCGCAGAGUGGUUUUGUCUGCGGAGUCGCAGAGUGGUUUUGUCUGCGGAGUCGCAGAGUGGUUUUGUCUACGGAGUCGCAGAGUGGUUUUGUCUGGGGAGUCGCAGAGUGGUUUUGUCUACGGAGUCGCAGAGUGGUUUUGUGCACGGAGUCGCAGAGUGGUUUUGUCUACGGAGUCGCAGAGUGGUUUUGUCUACGGAGUCGCAGAGUGGUUUUGUCUGAGGAGUCGCAGAGUGGUUUUGUCUACGGAGUCGCAGAGUGGUUUUGUUUGCGGAGUCGCAGAGAGGUUUUGUCUGAGCGCGCGCGGGGUCGCAGAGUGGUUUUGUCUGCGGAGUCGCAGAGUGGUUUUGUCUGCGUGGGCGGAGUCACAGAGCGGUUGUGUGGGCGGAGCCGCAGAGCGAUUUUGUCUGCGGGGUCGCAGAGCGGUUUUGCGUUGGUUUGGUCAGAGUUAUGGGACCGGUGAACUCGCUGCUCUCAUGGCGUGCGUGGAUCCCGCUGAGCCGGAUCACGUUCUGUGCCUACUUGAUCCACCCGAUCCUGUUGCAGAUCUACAAUUUAAGUCGACCGCAUCCAUUCCACUUCACGACGGUCUAUCAAAUGGUUGGUUUCUGAGGUGUUUAUUCUUUUAUCUGUUCGCUGUGGCUGUCACGAUGGCGUAUUUCGUUGGUUUCCUGCUGAGUCUGGCCGUCGAAGUGCCUAUCUCCAACGUGGAGACGUUGGCUAUCAACACGGUGACGGGCAAAAUUGGCGGUCGCCCGAAAUCGGCAGCACAAUAUCCGCCAAUCUCCGAAAAACCCGGCAAGAACGACAUAGUAGAAACGUGUGCAGACGAUACGGAUGCGCGGAAUGGUGCUGCAGGAUUGGAGAGGGUCGAAUUGAAGUUGUUAUUGAGUGAUGCGAGUAGAAAUGUUCGUUGUGGUAUUGUGGUCGGUGGUUGUGGUGCUUGUGGUCGAUGUCGUGUUGUGAUAGCACCACCUAUUCGUUUAUUCCUAUUGGAGUGUAGUUAUCGACGGUGGACGGUUGGUAUGGAUUGGUAUUGUCAUCGAUGUGAGCUGGUGGAAGGCAGGAGGGGAGGAUCGAGGCGCGGACGGAGGGAGGUCGUGGCGCAUGGCUGGUCGAUUUCAAAGGGGCGAUGGCAUGGUACGAGCCGAUGUUCUUCAGCCCUACAAGAGGGCGAACCACCGUCGAAGAGGCCCGCAAGANGUGCGGGCUUAUUACAACACGGAUGGAUGCAACUGCAUGCCCUUUGGAUAGGGCUGAAAAUGGUGAAUCUGGACGAGGCGGAGGAGGACGAGGCGGCGGCUACACGAAGAUAA